AAUCACUUCCAGACCUGAUACUGACUCUCACAAAAACAGGACACUCAAACCUGAAUGACUUUGGAGACCAGGAACACACACACAAGGACUGAGAGAAUUUAAAACCUGAAGGAGGAAUACGACUGAAGACGCUGAAGAAACUUGUUUGGCAGGUUUCUUUCCUUGUGAUUGUUGGGUGAGACUCCACGUGUGAAGUGAUUGCCUUGUUAGUUUAGAGAAGAUAACUUUGCUCUUUGUGUUGAGCUUGUAAUUAAUAUUUACUCAUGUCUCAGCUAGAGUAUUUGACUGCUCCGAUGACAAACCAAACUUACCAACAUAUUGAGGACUGCAAGGCCUCAAACAGGGCACUGUAUAAAUUCUAUGCAGCUGUCAUGAUUGUGAUAUUCAUUCUGGCUUUGCCUCUGAAUGCAUCUGUCAUCCACCUCUUCAUAUUCAAGCUGAAAUUCUGGAAAUCCAACAGCAACAACAUCUUCCUUUUCAAUCUGGUGUUGGCUGACAUCCUCCUGCUCUUCUGUUUGCCCAUAAAGGCAAAUAACUAUAUCCACGGGGAGAGGAGAAGUGACAAUGACACCGUUUGCAAAGCAAUGCUCUUCAUGUUGUUUUUAAACCGAGGAGCUAGCAUCGCCUUUCUGACAGUGACUUCCAUUGAUCGAUAUUUUAACGUGGUACACCCUGGUCGAAAGAAUCUCCUGCGAGCUCUGAAGAAAUCUCCUCACAUCUCGAUCCUCAUCUGGCUGCUUCUCCUACCUCUUACUAUCCCCACCAUGCUCAAGAACUUCGACUGCUGCAACAGCCACAGCCAUAAUGAAGGUGACAAAAAAGAGGAUGCCUUGAUUAAGGAUGUGGUGGACAGUUUGCGAGAAGUGGUCUUCUUUACCCAGAUUCUCAUCCCCUUCGUCAUCCUGGUCUACUGCACAGUGCACAUUGUCAACCGGCUCAGAAAAAAAACAGUCGGGGAUACGACCAAGCUGAGGAGAGCUGUCAUUCUAGUGACCUCUGUCAUGGUGGUCUUUUCCCUCUGCUUCCUCCCUUGCACCAUAGCCAGGAUGGUUCUGCUGAUAGCGCGGGUCCAAGAGUGGCCAGAGGCCAUGGAGGAUAAAGCUGCUGUGGCCUUUGACGGCCUCAUGGUCCUCUCCUACAUGGACUGUCUGCUGGAUCCACUGGUCUACUGCUUCUGCAGCACCAAGUUUAAAGCUCUUUACCUCAACAAUUAUUUCCCGUUUUUAGUCAAGGAAGUUCCGGUGCCAUUAGAAAGUUCAACAGGGAACACAUCGCAACCUCGACGAAAUAAUGUCAUUUAAAAUUCAUGGAAAACAGAGGGUGUCUCUCUGUGUGGUGACACCUGACCCACCUAAAAGAAUUCUGCCUGAGACUGACUUGUCCCAAAAAUGUACAUACUUAAUGAAAGGGGACUCUGAAGGUAAUCUCAAUAAACAGAUAUCUGUAUAUGUAUAAAAAAUCUGGAGGCAACAAGACAAAAUGUUGGUAUCGGAGGAAGUGCUUGCCUAGAUCUCUGUUAUCUAGAUAUCUGCUGGUUGCAUGGGAACCCCCAAAAUACUGGCUGUUGGCCCCAGAGGCUAAAUCUUCAUCAGACCAAUAGCUUGUGGGUUCUGAGAUUCCUCUGAAUGUAAAGUGGGCUAUGAAGACAAUACCUACAGUAAUUAUUUAAGUUUCUAUCUGUAUUGAUUCUAAAACAGAAAUAAUAUAGAGGCUGAGAUGUAAAUAGGAAGUACAGUUACAGAUCUUCCAAAGUGUGUCAUGUGUUAUUCAGCAUUGUGGCUAUACUGUAGUGGUAAGUCAACAUAUAGUCUGCUACUAAUUUAGAAUAUAUUAAUGUUGGUGGAUUUUCAGUAAAACAUAAGGCUUUUUUUUUUUUUAAAAGGGGAAUGCCCCUCAGCCCAAGUAUGCACAUCUGUAUUUCUUUCUUUCUUGGACAGCGAGUAGUUAUGACCAUUGAACAUUCCUUUCAAGUGUUUCAAGUGCGAAAAAAGAACAGAAUGUGAUCCUUGAAAUCAUACCAAUCUCACACAACCUUUAUCUGAGCUUCCUCAGCUGGAAAGCAUUAGUGUUUAAUGUUUAAUCAAUUAUAGUUAAAAAUAUAUAUAAAACCAUGUCCUCAUAAAUGUUUAAAUCUAGUCAAAUACAUUCCCUAUGAAGCUGUAAAUGGGGAGAAGUUCCAAACUAAGGGAACCAAUAUUUCUUUUGACAGAAGUCAGAGACAGUAUUCACAAACAUGGACUCUUUUAGCAGGAGUAUCAAAUGUGUGCAUGGUACUGAGCCCCAAAUAGGCGGAUAUUAGGCCAUGGUCAGCCCCCUAUUGCAUAAUAUUUAAGGCCAAUAUGGGGGAGCUGAUCAUUAAUGCUGAUUUACUAUAGAUUUUAAUAACUGUUUAUACUGUAUGUAGAGAAUAAUGGGUUUAAUUAUACUGUACAAUAUGUUUUGUCUGGGUGAUUUAAAGAUUCCACAUCGACAACCAUUAAUCCAGUACCCAAAUGAAUCAAAAAUGUAGCGUUUCUCUCACAACAUAAAUCAUCAAUCAUGCCUUUAAUCAGACCAAACAAUACUUCCCAUAAGUCAUCUGGGUGAUCUCACUCAGUUUGGUGAUGUCAUCACUAGUAACAGUACAGUGAGUGAGGUUAUGUCUGUUGUUGCUGUCUGGCUAUAGAUAGAUCGCUUACUCAUUUAAGGAGUUAACUGGCUUGGGGUCUGAUGACUCUGGGGCUUAGCUUUAAAGUAAAUGUUACUCAUCUGUGUGUUAAAGAUGCAUCAUUGUGUAUCACAAAAUUGCAUAAAACUGUGAUUGCUUUGUAUUUGUCACAGCUUUGUUUGACAUGGUGACAGACUACAACAAUACAAUGAGACAUUUGUGCUGUGGGACAAUAUUCAACUUCCUUUUUCCAAGUUGAACUCAUCAUAAAAUCUAAGUGUAUUUUAUUUGUUAAGACAAGUUUGUCAAAACAAGUGUGAUUUAACUUUAUCAUAAAAAGUAGUGCUGACAUUGUACUUUCAUAGCAUGUAGCACUUAUGACCAGUAACCCACCACAACAAUUCAUUUUCUAUGUUUCUGUUCUGUCUUGUAUUUAAUGAAUCGCAGUCGAGUUGCAAGUAUUUUUGAUUUUACCAAGUAGGGUCUAAGGUCAUCACAUUUGAGACUCGAGUCCAAGCCAUGUGACUCAGGUCCACACCUCUGCUGUACACACAACCUGUUUGGCUUUGCAAAUGUUACAUCUGCACAACUGACAAUGAGUUAACUCUAAGUGAAUGAAAACAAGGUAAAUAUUUACAGAGUAAACAGAGUAAUGUGUCUUAAGGUCAUGAAUAGUGUGAACAGAGUUUGUCUGUCAAUACAUACACUUAAUUCUUGUUUGUAAUGUUUUAUCCACAGUAACUAAGUAUGUUUGUAACUCCAACUGUAAAUGUACCAAUUGGACAAAUGACAAGUAGGACACAAUGUUUUUUUUUCGCGCUUGGAUACCUCUUCUUUACUGUCACUAAUUGUUAAACUAAAAAAAAACAGCUUUAAUCACCAACAUCUACGAAGUGAGAUAUGUGUGCUAAAGUUCAUUGAUAGUUUCUUCUAAAAUUUGGGACGCAGGUGUUUAAUGGCUCAAGCACUUGCGAGUAAUGACAAGUCAUCCUGACAUGAAUGCAGCAUUAGUGCAGCUGUAUAAAUAAUUGUGUUUUUGUUGCAAAUGUCAAUAGAUACUGAUAAUACUACUGAUGUUAACUUUUAGGUUUAUAUGCCCCUAUAAAAAACAUUUAAUAUAAAAGAAGUGCAUCUGAGUGCAUCUUCCAAAUUCAUAUGAUAAUUUUAUGUAAUGCAUUUACAUGAGUUCCAAUAACUAUGGUUUAAACAUGUUAUAGGUUGGGGUUUUUAUUAAAAGAGUUCCAAUAAAUGCUUUAAAGUCAUACCCUCCACCAUCAUUCAACUAUCUAAAGUUGUCGACAGGAAUGUUUGAUCUUAGGUAAGAGAAAUGUGUAGCAGAUCAAAGAUUACAUUCAGAGACGGACACAAGUAAACAUUUCAUGACUCAAUUUUACAGGUGGCACUGUGUAAAUAUUUGUCCUUUUUGUGUUUUUACUACUGGUGUAAUAUGUAAAUGUAUAAAUAUAUUUUUA